CCAGUUAGGUGGCAGAGUUUGUUUACGUUGCUCUCAGACCUAGGGUUGCAUACCCCAGCUCAGCCUCCAAAAUGGGGAAAUCCUUCGCCAAUUUCAUGUGCAAGAAGGACUUUCAUCCUGCUUCUAAAUCCAACAUCAAAAAAAUUUGGAUGGCAGAACAGAAAAUAUCAUAUGAUAAGAAGAAACAAGAAGAGUUAAUGCAACAAUAUCUAAAAGAACAAGAAUCAUAUGAUAAUAGAUUGCUAAUGGGAGAUGAACGUGUAAAGAAUGGCCUUAAUUUCAUGUAUGAGGCUCCACCAGGGGCUAAGAAAGAAAACAAAGAGAAAAAAGAAACAGGAGAGACCGAAUACAAAUUUGAAUGGCAGAAAGGGGCCCCGCGGGAAAAAUAUGCCAAAGAUGACAUGAACAUCAGAGAUCAGCCCUUUGGUAAUCAGGUUCGAAAUGUGAGAUGCAUUAAAUGUCACAAAUGGGGUCAUGUCAACACAGAUGGAGAAUGCCUUUUGUUUGGUCUUUCUGGAAUUAAUGCAAGUUCAGUUCCCACUGAUGGCUCAGGGCCAUCGAUGCACCCCUCGGAACUAAUAGCAGAGAUGAGGAACAGUGGGUUUGCACUGAAACGAAAUGUACUGGGGAGAAACUUGACCGCGAAUGAUCCAUCACAGGAGUAUGUUGCAAGCGAGGGUGAAGAAGAUCCAGAAGUUGAAUUUUUAAAGUCACUAACAACCAAACAAAAACAGAAACUCCUCAGGAAAUUAGAUCGACUUGAGAAGAAAAAAUAGAAAAAGAAAAAAGAUAGAAAAAAGAAAAAGCUUCAGAAGAGCAGAAGUAAACACAAAAAACAUAAAAACAAGCCCUCCUCCUCCUCCUCCUCCCCCUCCCCACUCUCUUCCUCCUCCUCCUCCUCCCCCUCCUCCUCCUCUAGUGACAGUUCAGAAAGCAGCAGUGAGAGUGACAGCAAAGGAAAAAUACGGAAGAAGAAAAGAAAGAAAAACAAGCAUUCAGGGAAUAACAACAGUGAUUCUGAAGAGACAGACAAGUCUAAGAAGAGAAAAUGGGAUGAAGAACGUUCUUGCAGUCACAGUAACAAGGAAAAGCCUAAGUUUUUAAAACAAGAGAGUUCUGGGGAGAACAGCAAAUGGAGCCAUUCUGAUUCUGACAGAAAGCCCAGAAGCCAUGACCAGAGUCCAGAGAAGAGAGGAUCUGGAAGAAAGGAGAGGAGCAGCAGGAGCCAGAGCUGGGAUGAGAGGAGUAGGAGAAGCCGAAGCAGAAGUCACGGCGGUUACAUGCCGAGAGAAAUAAGGAAACGGCCGCGGCGCAGUCCAAGUGAAGAGUGA